ACGACGAAGUAGCAAACAGGAGAAAACGAAAGAAAGGAAUUUCAAGUCCAAGCUGUCAUCGUUGUCGAAAUAAAUCUGGAAAAUCGUGAAAACCAUCAGAAAAUCGAGGUUUGUUCUGCGUUAAAUGAGUCUUGGUCCCGGUCGACACUAGAGCAAGUGAAAUUGGCAGCGUAGUUACCAUAGAAAGCGAAAAAAUUGAAAUUAAGUGAAGCGCGCUCCACUUGCCUUCUCUUUCUGAUUCGGUGUGUUGUGGCCACAAUUAAGCUACUGCUUAUUGUGAAUUUUUACCUGUUUUGAAUGACCAGUUGCAUCGGUGGAAGAUAUGAUGGUCCCAUAGGUGGAAUGCAUUGCGAUUAUAUACAGCCGUCGCAGCAACAGCAGCAGCACUUAUACACCGGAGGAGGAGGAGGAGGAAUGCCUAAAAAAUCGGAACCGGGGGAAAUCACUGGACUGGGUCGAAGUAAAAAAAUGAAUAAAUUGGAAGCUGGUGGUGGACCAGGACAGCAGCAGUCUCGACCAGGUUCCGUGGGAGAUGCCGAUUUGAUGAGCAGUUUUGGUUUGAAAGAUGAUGGUUCACCGAUUAUGAAAGGUGGCCCACCUGGAAAUGGACCGGGUUCACUGCAGAUAUCAGAUGCAUGCAGCAUCAACAGCAGUGUAGCGAAUAGUGGACCCGGCAUUGAUACCAUGUCAAAAAUGGGACCGGGAAUGGGCCAAGAUGUGCAUCCGGACGCAGGUAAAAUGAAUCAGGGUAUUCCGGGGAUGAUGUCUAACAAACCAUCCAAUAAGUUGGAGUACACGCAGCAGCAAAGUCAGAUAUUCGUAUUUAGCACGGCACUAGCUAAUAAAGGUGCGGAAGCCGUACACAGUGGACAAUUCCGCUCGAUUAUUGCAUAUCAUUGUGCACAGAUGCAAAAGCAAAACCGACUGGGAAACUGUGGGCCUGAAGAUGGUGGGGUGGGUGCAAUGUCACCAUGGAUGGACCACGGACAUGGCUCACCAGAUCAUCACAUGAGAAUGAAUCAGGGCCCUGGACCCGGAAUACCACCGGACGGUGUGAAGAAAUCGGCCACGAUUCAUCACACGCCAAAUUCAUGCUUGGAUAACGAUAACUCGGUACCAAUGUUUGCGAAUGAGCACUACAUGCGUAUGGGAUCCGGUUCAGAUAUUGGACCAAUGGGAAACAAAAAACCCGCCACCAUCCAUCACACACCGAACCCUUGCAUGGAUCAGGACGGAUCGCUUCCAAUGUACCCAAACGAUGGUCACCACAUGCGAAUGCAAGGACCGGAAACAAUGUCGAAACCGUCGACUAUUCAUCACACACCGAAUUCAUGCAUGGACGGUUCUGAUCAGUCUGCUGAUCAUUCCGGUGGUGGCGGCCCGGGAGGACAUCCACCGGUGAUUAAAAUGGAAAACCCUUCCCCCGGUGGUCCGGGACCUGGACCUGGAAGUGGUAGCCAUUCCAGUUCAACGAUUAUCGAUCAAAUGAACUCUUUGGUCGCUUCACUGCCCUUGAUGAAAGGUGGCAAUGUGCUGUCACAAUCGAGAGGUCAUCCACAACCAUCAUUGCAGGGAGUAAAAGUACCAGACGAAAACCUCACACCACAGCAACGACAACAUCGGGAACAACAGCUGGCCACCAUUCGACAGAUGCAGAAAAUAUUUUUUCCCGAACAACGAGGAAUGAUGGAUCCACAUGGGAUGGGAAUGCGACCGCAAUUCCGUGGCGGAAUGCCCGGUCCUGAUUUCGGAGGGCCACCCAAUCGACCGCUGAAUCCGGCAUUUAUGAAUACGCCACUGGGAGCUAAUGGUCCGAUGGGACCGGACGGUCCUGGGCCAGGUAUGAUCAAUGAACAGAUUCCUCCGAUGCAAUACAACAAGCCCGGUAUGAUGAACCCUGGUAUGUACAUGGGAGGUCCGGGUGGAGGACCAAUGGGACCGAUGGGUGGCCCAAUGGGUCCCGGUGGUGGAGGCCCAAUGGGUCCCGGGGGUCCUAUGGGCCCCAUGGGUCCGGGUGGUCCCAUGAACCGUAUGUUUAAACCUGACCCAGAUCCAAUCUUUCCACCGAUGUCCGAAAUGGGAGGAGGCUACAACAGUAUGAGUAAUCAUGGCGGUCCUGGUCCUGGCCCGGGAAUGUUCAAUCCCGGAAUGCAGCGAAUGGGUGUCCCAGGGGGACCGGGCCCCGGUGGACCAAACAUGAUGCCCAAAAUGCCGGAUCAAGGUGGACCGCUGCCCCACUCCCCUCUUGAUGAUGAUCCGUUAAAAUCAGGACCCCAUCAGAUGAUGCUUCCAAAUGCUCCACCCCAACAACAAUCAGGUACUCCGGGGGCGAAUGGCCCCGGUAGCAAUGGAACUCCUAAUCCUCAAGGUACUCAAAAUCAGAGCAACAACGGUAAAUCAAAGGAACAAUCCGUAUCUCCCGAGCAUCAGCAACAGCAGCAACAACAACAGCAAGGAGGACCUGGCAGCCAGCAGGGACCACUGACACCUCAGACACCCCAGGGUGGACAUCCGACACCGGGUGGCGCGGGAGGACCGCUCACACCGCAAACGUCGAUGGCAAACACUUAAAGGUGAGUCCCUUGUCAUUCGUAUACCAUGAAAUUGAAUCAUUUUUGAAAUCUGCCUUAUGACAACACAAAAGAAGAAAUACAAAAAUAAUUAACAAAAAACCGAUUAUUGCUCAACGGUACGAUGUAAUUGAAAUCAACCGGAAAUCAAAAUCGGAUUACUGAAAUAAAAUGGAACUGCUGUUACUGAGGUUGAAUCUACAAAAAGAAGUAAAACGAGAAUGAGCAAAUAAUCAGUUGAAGAAAAAGGAACAAAAAAAAAUGUAGCUAAGUAACAUGUGGCUAGGCAAAGGAAAAACAACAGAAAACCAUGUACGUGUAAGCUUUUUUUUUCAUUGAAUUGUUUGUGUUAUUUCGGCAUUUCGAAGCGAAAGAAAAAUUCAACGAGAUUGUGUUUUUACUGGACAACAAACGCCGGAAAGUGGAAGUCCUUUUUUGUGGUGGGAAAGUUAUACAAAUUUCCCUCCUACUAUUCUAAUUUUGGUAUUUCUUUUCCAAGUGCAGCGUUUUCGAUUAUAUAUAAGACUAACACAGAAAAAAAAGUAAUAAUUAACAGUUGAAUAAAAAUGUGUAAUAAUUUUAAA